AUGGCCGACGAUCCCGGCGCCGCCGAGGCGCGCCUCGCCAUCGUGCGCUUCGGCGUCAUCUGCCUGAAACACAUGCGGCGCGUCGCCCUCGGCGCGCGCCUCGCGCUCAUCGCACUGGGCCUCGCCGUCGACGCCCUGCGGCCGCUGGGCCUGCGCUACACGGACGUCGACUACGACGUGCUGCGCGACGGCGCCGCGGCCAUGGUCGCCGGCGCCGCCGGCGGGCCCUACGCGCGCGCGACGUUCCGCUACAGUCCUUUGCUCGCGCUGCCGCUCGUCGGCGACGUCGCCGCCGCGGGCCUGCCCGUGGGCAAGGUCGUCUUCGCCCUCGCCGACGUCGCGCUCGGCGCGCGCGUCGAGGCGCUGCUCCGCGCGCGGGGCCUCUCGGCGAACCGCGCGGCGGCGCUCGCGGCCGCGGGCUGGUAUCUGAACCCCGUCGCGCUCAACCUGUGCACGCGCGGCAGCGGCGACGCGGCCGUCGCGGCGCUCGUCGCGGGCGCCCUCGUCGCCGCGGCGGCCCCGGGGCUCCGCGGCGCGGCGGCCGCGGGCGCGGGGCUCGGCCUCGCGGCGCACGCGCGGCUCUACCCCGUCGUUCACGCGCCGGCGUUCGCGCUCGCCUUUUUGCGACGCGACGGCGUGACUCGCGCGCUCGCCUUUGGCGGCGCCUUCGCCGCCGCGGCCGCCGCGCCGACGGCCCUCGCCUAUUUCUGCUACGGAUCGACCUACGUCGACAACGCGCUGGCCUACCACGUGACGCGCCUCGACCACCGCCACAACCUCGCGGCCUUCUGGCUGCCCAUCUACGCCGUCGAGGGCCUCCCGGGCGGCUCGCGCUUCAAGCCGCUCCUGCGGCGCGCGCUCGCCGUCGGGCCCUUCCUCGCGCACGGCGCGCUCCAGGCGGCGGCGGCGGCGGUCGUCGGACUGCGCCGCGACCUCGCGGCGACGGUCUUCGCGCAGACGCUCCUCUUCGUGGCGGCGAACAAGGUCUGCACGGCGCAGUACUUCUGCUGGUGGCUGCCCUUCGCCGUCGUCGUCGCCGGGCCGGGCCUCGUCCACGCGCGCCACGGCGCCGCGAAGCGGCGGACCGUCGCGCGCGCGCUCGGCUCCUGGGCCGCGGCGCUCGCGGCCUGGCUGGCCGUCGCGUUCCGCUUGGAGUUCGCCGGCGACGCGGCCCACGGCCCGCUCUGGGCCCUGGGCCUCGGCUUCCUCGGUGCCAACGCGGGGCUCCUCGCCGCGGUCCUCGACGCGGGCGGCGUGUCCUAA